UAUUGCCAGACCAAAAAAGUUCGACUUCAAGAUUCCACGUCUUCUUGUCCUUGACAACGUAAUCCGUCAACUCCCCUCCUUCAGCAGCAAAGCAGCAGCAAAGCCGGCAAAAUGGGUCGCGUUCGUACCAAGACUGUCAAGAAGUCCGCCAAGGUCAUCAUUGAGCGGUACUACCCCAAGUUGACCCUCGACUUCGAGACCAACAAGCGCAUCUGCGAUGAGAUCGCCAUCAUUGCCUCCAAGCGCCUCCGCAACAAGAUUGCCGGCUACACCACCCACUUGAUGAAGCGUAUCCAGCGUGGCCCCGUCCGCGGUAUCUCCUUCAAGCUGCAGGAGGAGGAGCGUGAGCGCAAGGACCAGUACGUUCCCGAGGUCUCCGCUCUCGACUUCACCCAGAACUCCGAGAGCGGUCAGCUCGAUGUCGACACCGAGACCAAGGACCUCCUCAAGCACCUCGGCGUAAGUUUUCACCACUGUCAUCAGUACCAGUAUCUGGCGUUUGCAAGCCAUGGUAAGGAUAUCAUUUGUCUAACUAAUCCCCCCCUCGAACAGUUCGACUCCAUCCCCGUCAACGUCAUCCCCGUUACCCAGGCCCAGCCUGUCGAGCGCGGCCGCCGCUUCGGUGGCGACCGUCCCCGCCGCGACUAAAUGUCGCCCGGUCGACGAUAACCAAAAUAAUAAUGGAAAUCGGGCGUUGGAUCACGCACAACGGUGG